CAUUGAAACAUACCCGCACGAGGGGCACGAGUUGACAACGGUCUCUGGCACAGCCGCCGUAUUGUUUGCGUGUACCUACUCGGAUCGGUCGUUAGUGUACUACCGUUACCAGGGAAUGGGUUUCGACGGAUCUUGGAUCAGUGUUCUCAGUAUCGCACACGCGAUAGACAGCAGUAAUGGCCUUUGAGUUUUGCGCAUGACCACGUUGCAAUCGCCGCCAAACAUAGUCGACGACGAGAGAUAACUGGAGUCAUGCUUCCAUAAAACUUGGCAGUCACUACAACAAACGUCGUGAUCUUUUAUUUUGUUUGUGAGAUAUUUAGACAUUGGUAGCCAUGUCUGAAUACCAAAGUGACGCCAAAUACCGACCAAAACGGUACCAGUCCUUUGGCAAACUGCUUAGAAAACGUUUGCCGAUCGUUUCUUGGCUACCCAAGUACGAUGCUGAUCAAGCGGUAAGCGACUUGAUUGCUGGGGUCACUGUUGGGCUUACUGUAAUGCCACAAGGUCUGGCAUACGCAACGCUGGCUGGUUUGGAACCACAGUUUGGACUAUAUUCGGCGUUUGCUGGCUGUAUAGUUUACACAUUAUUUGGAAGUUGUAAAGAUAUUACCAUAGGACCUACAGCUCUAAUGGCUUUGAUGACCUAUCAACAAGUUACCGGCAGAAAUUCUGAUUAUGCGGUUUUAUUAUGUUUUUUAUCGGGAAUUUUACAAUUCAUUAUGGGAUUUUUAAAACUUGGAGUUUUAAUUGACUUUAUAUCAAUUCCUGUUACUGUUGGUUUCACAUCGGCAACAUCAGUAAUAAUAGCAGUAUCCCAAUUAAAAGGCUUGUUAGGACUUAAUUUUAAAUCAUCAAGCUUUUUAGAUUGUUUAAAACAAGUAUAUCUAAAUAUUGGUGAUUUCAAACCUAAUGACACUAUACUAGGAUUAUUUUCAAUUAUAAUACUGUUGAUGCUUAGGAAAAUAAAAGAUAUCAAAUUAGUCAGCCCAAGUGGUAAACCAUCGAGUAAACAGUCGAUGAUUAUGAAAGGCUUGUGGCUGCUCUCUAUAUCCAGAAAUGCAUUAAUUGUGCUUAUAUGCUCAAUGAUGGCUUACUAUUACCAUUCACCAGACGCAGAACCUUACGUGACUUUAAUCGGAAAUGUAAGGUCAGGAUUACCACCUUUGAAGUUUCCUCCGUUCAGUACUUUUGUAAAUGGAAAAGAAAUUGGAUUAAUAGAUAUGUGUUUGGAUUUAGGAUCUUCAAUUAUUCUAGUGCCCGUUAUUGCUGUUUUAGGAAAUGUGGCUAUUGCUAAAGCAUUUGCCAGUGGAAAUUCUGUCGAUGCUACCCAAGAGUUAUACUGCUUGGGAGUUUGUAAUUUGUUAGGAUCCUUUGUGUCGUCUAUGCCGGUUACUGGCUCUUUUUCCAGAAGCGCCGUCAAUCAUGCGAGUGGAGUUCGGACACCAAUGGGCGGAAUGUAUACAGGGUUACUCAUUAUAUUAGCGUUGAGCUUGUUGACACCUUAUUUCUACUUUAUACCUAAAGCAUCUUUGGCUGCAGUUAUUAUCAGCGCUGUCAUAUUUAUGAUUGAAUACGAAGUCGUAAAACCCAUGUGGAAAUCUAGCCGAAAAGACCUUAUACCAACAUUAUCUACGUUUUUGUUGUGUUUGACUAUUGGUGUUGAAUUGGGGAUUUUAGUGGGUGUGGCAAUCAAUAUAAUACUAUUACUUAUUCCUUCAGCAAGACCUUUUUUACACAUUGAAAUAAAAAAAUUAAGAACCGGUUCAGAAUAUUUAUUAGUAACCCCCGAAAAUAGCCUAUAUUUUCCUGCGGUAGACUUUAUGCGAGCCAAAACUGAUCGGGCAGCAAUUAAAAUGGGACAAUCAAAACUUCCAGUUGUUGUAGAUUGCAGACAUGUACUCGAGGCAGAUUUCACUGCAGCUAAGGGUAUUGAAGGACUUAUUACAGACUUCAAGAAACGAAAACAACCUUUAUGUUUUUACAAUCCUAGAAAAACUGUUUUAGCUGUUUUACAAGGUGUCUGUGUCGAUGAAAUUGUCCAUUGUUUUACUGACGACGAAUUAGAACAUACGCUCAACGAUAUUAUCUGUUUGGAAAAUGGAACAGAGUUAAACGACAUUGUACAUUCGACAAAACAGUCUCACGAAGUUCCAUUGUUGAACAGAAGACAACAUUAAACUUAAAAUAACUCUUAAUUAAAUGAUUUGUUAUCAAAACCUACGUUUUUAUAGGUAGUUAUAAAUAUUAAUAAUAAAAGAAUUGUAUUAAUUCUCAAAAGACAUAAUAUGUCCUGUAAUAUUUAUAGACACGAAUAAAAUAUUUUUGUAUAUGUUUAUUUCAUAUAUUUUUAACAUUUGAUAGCGUUUUAAGAAAUCUAUUUUUUUCAUUCAUUUAUUUUUAAUUUUUCUAAUAUUUUUCUUAAAAAUCUUUUUUAUAUCUAUUAAAUGAAAAUAUAAAAUUUAUUAUGUUAA